AUGUGUCGGUGGUUCGCCUACAUCUCGCCCUCCGAAGAAUGCCUCCUGGAGGACGUCCUCAUCACGCCGGAACACGGCAUUGCCAAACAAGUUCAUGACCACUACUUACCAAAACUCUUCUCGCACGUCCCCGGCGAACAGACGUCGAAACUGGAAAUCACCUUGCGCAACCGCCUGAACAACGUGGAUGGCUUCGGCUUAGUAUGGUACACCCCCGUUCGCUCCUCGUUCAUCACGAGCAUUGAUGGCAUCCGGCCCGCAACAUACAAAAAUGCCCAGCCGCCGAACAACGACGCAAACUUCCACAGCAUCUGCGCCGGCACGUCGACGACCGCAGUGUUCGCUCACAUCCGCGCCGCGACAGGGACCUCGGUCGCGGCCAUCAACAACCACCCCUUCGUCUUCGGCCGGCACACCAUCAUGCACAACGGCCUGAUCUCGCACUUUACAGACAUUCGCCGGCCGUUGCUCAGUCUCGUGGAGAAGUCCGCGUACGAGAACAUCUACGGCACGACCGACUCGGAGCAUCUGGCGGCGCUCUACAUCACUAAUCUGACCAGGAAUGCCGGGGGCGGCGGUGGCCCGCAGAGCUGGGAACGGCAGUAUACGCCGCAAGAAAUGCUGGGCGCGCUGGUCGAGGCCUUCCACAUGAUCGUUCGGCUGCAACAGGAGACGCUGGGCGCUGAGAACGUCCAGGCCUGUUCCUUGAACGUGUGCUGCACCGACGGCGAACAGCUGAUCGCCGUGCGCCUGCGCAACCACGCCAUCGAGAACCCGCCAAGUUUGUACUACAGCACCACUGCCGGCGUGACCCUAAACAGGAAGUACCCAGACAAUGCCUCCGGCACCAACAACCCCAAUGCCACUCUCAAACCGGAGGACCACGGCAAGCACGUUAUUGUAGCGAGCGAGCCCACAACGUACAAGAUAGCGGAGUGGAAAGUGAUUGAGAAGAACCACGGCAUUUCAGUUGAUAAAGGAGGGAAUUGUACUGUCGAGAAAGUCGAAAUGCCCGAGGAGUUUCUGGCGCAGGCGGCGACAGGAAGACAUUUCUGA